AUGGCAUUUUUUGCUUUUACCGCGAAAUAUCGCCUGUUACUGAGAUUGUGCGUGGUCUCGUUGUUUUGCGCACACGCUGCCGGAGAGGCGACCUGCAAACUAAAGGCGAAGUUCAAUCUCAAUGGCUACAAGAACAUUGAGCGGAAGAAAGUGAUUCUAGGAGGAAUGUUCGCUGUGCACAAUCGACUUGCGUCAACCGACAGCAAUAGUUCAUCGAUCCCAGUAUCAUCUGGGUGUGAAUGGUUCAACUUCCGUACAUUCCGCUGGACUCAGACGAUGCUGUUUGCUAUUAAUGAGAUCAAUAAAAAGGACAACCUGUUACCUGACACAGAGCUGGGGUACGUUAUUUACGACUCAUGCUUCACAAUCUCGAAAGCGGUGGAGGGCACUCUGACCUACCUGACCGGCCAGGAUGAGGCGGUGCCCAAUUAUCGCUGCGGGGACGGCGCUCCACUGGCCGCGCUGGUUGGGGCGGGAGGCUGUGACCUGUCUGUCGCCACAGCUCGAAUUCUUGGCCUCUACUAUUUUCCGCAGGUGAGCUACUCGUCCUCGUGCUCAGAGCUGGAGAGCAGGUUCCAGUACCCCACUUUCCUCCGCACCAUCCCCAGCGACGAGCACCAAUCGGUGGCCAUGGCCCAGCUGGUGCUCCGCUUCGGCUGGACCUGGGUGGGCACCAUUGCCUCGGACGACGACUACGGCAAGUACGGCAUCAAACGCUUCAAGGAGGUGGUGGAGGAGGCUGGAGUGUGCAUCUCCUUUUCGGAGACCCUCCCCAAGUUCGUUGCGCCCGAGAGCAUCCAGCGCAUCGUGCGCACAGUGCUGGACUCCACGGCAAAGAUCGUGGUGGUGUUCUCCUCUGACGUAGACCUGAGCCCCCUGGUGGAGGUGCUGCUGCAGAACAAUGUCACCAACCGCACAUGGAUCGCCAGCGAGUCAUGGGUGACGUCAGCCCUCAUCUCGAAGCAGGCGGACGUGCUCUCCACACUGGGCGGCACGCUGGGCUUUGCCAUCCAGCGUGCCGACAUCCCAGGCCUGCGUGAGCACCUGCUCAGCAUCGACCCCUACCAGGACGCAUUGACGGAGGAGUUCUGGGAGACGGCCUUCAGCUGCACGCUCAGCUAUGGACGGGCGCUGAGGAACGCCCGCGCUGUCAGGGAGGCGGGGAACGCCACAGCGUCGCGGGCCACCACCAAUGCCUUGCCGGACGGCCUGUGCACAGGGAAGGAGAACCUGGAGAAGCUGAACAACACGUACUUGGACGUGUCGCAGCUCAGGCUGACGUACAACGUGUAUAAGGCGGUGUACGCCGUGGCUUACGCCCUGCACCACCUGGAACACUGCGAGAAUGGGAGCGGCCCUUUCCAGGAUCGCUCAUGUGCUGACAUCACUAAGUUUGAGCCCUGGCAAUUGAUGUACUACUUGAAAAAUCUGCGCUUCAACGUACCUCAUACCGGAGAGGAGAUAUUCUUCAAUGACGGGGAAGUUCCAGGGUUUUAUGAGAUCCUUAACUGGCAGAGGGAUGCGAAUGGAGGGGUGACAUACGCCCACGUUGGAUACUAUAAUAGUACUGCGUCCACAACUGAAAAGUUGAUCCUAGACAACUCUUCGAUCAUAUGGCAUAAUGAUGUAUUGCAGCCACCGCGCUCUGUGUGCAGUGAGAGAUGCCAGCCUGGUACCAGAAUGGGGAUCAGGCAGGGGGAGCCCGUCUGCUGUUUUGAUUGCAUCCCCUGUGCCGACGGAGAGAUUUCCAACACAACAGAUGCUAGGGGUUGUAUCCAGUGCGAGGAGGACUACUGGUCCAACACCAACCACGACGCCUGCGUCCUGAAGACUAUUGAGUUCCUGGGCUUUGGCGAGCCCCUGGGGAUCACUCUGAUCGCCAUCGCCGUGUUCGGCGCUCUCCUGACCAUGGUGGUGGGCGUGGUCUUCCUGAAGCACCUGACCACACCCUUGGUGCAGGCCAAUGAUGCAUUGUUGAGCUUCACCCUGCUACUGGCACUGACGAUCACGUUCCUCUGCUCAAUCGUGUUUCUGGGAGAGCCGCAGCGCUGGUCCUGCAUGACCAGCCAGGUGGCGCUAGCAGUGGGCUUUGCCCUCUGCCUCUCCUCGCUCAUGGGCAAAGCCGCCUUGCUGAUGCUCAGGGCGAGGGCCGUCAAGGCAGCCAAGACGGCCGCCAAGGCAGCUAAGGUGGCGGCAGCAGCCUCUGAGGACAGCCCCGACACGACGGCCAUAGCGCCAGCCCCGCCCCCGAAGAACGAUGUGGACCCGAUCCGGCCCGGCCAGCAGAGGGUGAUAGCGGCGGUCUGCACGCUGGUGCAGGUGGCGGCCUGCACCGUCUGGCUUGUGCUGCUGCCGCCACACCCGGUGAAGAACACAGCCGCCCAGAACAUCAAGAUCAUCCUGGAGUGUGACCCAGGUAACAUCGUCUUCAUCUGCGCCGUGUUCGGCUACGACGUGCUCCUGGCCGUGCUCGCCUUCACCUUCGGCUUCGUCGCACGCCGUCUGGAGGACCACUUCAGUGAGGGCAAGUGCAUCACCUUCGGCAUGCUGGUGUUCUUCAUCGUCUGGAUCUCCUUCGUGCCUGCCUACCUGAGCACACGCGGCAAGUUCAUGGUGGCCGUGCAGAUCUUCGCCAUCCUGGCCUCCAGCUUUGGCCUUCUGGCCUGCAUCUUCCUGCCCAAGUGCUACGUGCUGCUUGUGAAGCCUGAGAGGAACAAAGAGGAGCUGGUGAUGCCGAGGCCCAAACUCCGCGACGCCGCCGCCGGCACUGGCACAUCGGCCUCACUUGCCACUGUCACCAAUGGCACCACCAUGUCCACGGUAUCUGUGAGCAACUGAAGGUGGGCCACGCCCUCUUGCUUGCAUCAUUUCCUUGCAUGACUGAUCACUUUCUCUCCUCUGGGACUUUAUUUUUCAACAAAAUUGCAGCUUAAACACAUAAACUGAAUUUGAGAAGGGACAAAAUACUAUAAAAUAAUGGUGUUUGAAAUGACUAGGUUUCUUCUCAGGGAUGAUAAAAUGAAUUACAUCUACUACCACUCAAAUGUUUGGACAUAGCUAGUCUUAAUUUAUUUAUUUCUAACACUUUUGACAUUUUAGGAAAACAGUGAAUGUAUCAAAACAAUGAAAUAAUACAUUAUUCUAUGUUAAACAAAUACUGACUGACUUAGAUUUUAGAUUCCUUACUUUGUUGUAAGAUUGUUAGAUUCCCUUUACUUUGUUGAGAUUAACCAGCUUCAUGAGGCAGCCUUAAAGAAGUCAUGAAGUCUUAAAAAAAUUCUCACUCAUGCUGAGCACUUGUAGGGAUUAAAGUUUUCCACUAUUGUUUAUUUGGUUAUAUUUUCAAGAACUGAAUGCAAAUAAUUGUGGUAUAGGUUUAAUCAUAUUUUUAAAUGUGAUUAUGACACUAAGGUUCAUUUGUACUCUGUAAUAAUAUGGAUAAUAUCUACCAUAGUGUGGAACACCGAGAAUGGCUUGCUGCACAUUUACUCAUCUUACAUGGAAAUCUUGAGCUGCAUUUUACACAAUAGAAAGAAUAUGACAGCAGUUUCACUUAUUUUGCA